AGCCUUCCAGCGAACAUUGGUGCUCAGUGCACGUAUAGCCGUGGUCGUAUUAAUGCUGUACAUGUACUCGCUUAUCGUUGGUAGACGUGCUUUACCACAGGAUAUUUUACUCGUUUUACUGUCUGUUAUCAUCGUUAACACCGUCCUAAGAUUUAAUCUCUCUGCACUUCGCACAAUAAUAGAGAGGACAGCGUAGAUACGUCUCGAGUCGUGCAAUCCACAUCAUAUGCCUUACAGUGUGCACAAAGCAGAAAAUAACGUACAUUUUUGUUUAAACCAAGAAACUGUGACGAUGGCGUCGAGAGGUAAAGAUGAUUUUGGUGGCGAGCCGUUAUCAUCUCAACGUGAAGUGAUUGGAUCCAGCAACUCAGCAUCAGAAGAAGGCAUGGGAUGCUGUGGAAUGAUACUCACAGUUCUUUCAUGGCUUCUUCUGAUCUGCACGGUGCCUUUCUCACUGUUUGUCUGCAUAAAAGUGGUACAGGAGUACGAAAGAGCAGUUAUCUUCAGACUUGGGCGUCUCCUGUCCGGCGGUGCUAAAGGUCCAGGACUCUUUAUCAUCCUGCCUUGCAUCGAGGAUUACACCAAGGUAGAUCUUCGUACCAUUUCGUUUGAUAUUCCUCCUCAAGAGAUUCUGACCAGGGACAGUCUGACCAUCUCCGUGGAUGCUGUGGUUUUCUACCGUGUCAAGAAUGCUACCAUCAGCAUCGCCAAUGUGGAAGAUGCAGGCAGAUCUACUAGACUCUUGGCCCAGACCACGCUGCGUAAUGUCCUGGGCACCAAGAACCUGGCCGAGAUCCUGGCCGAACGUGAAGGCAUCAGUCAUUACAUGCAGUCCACCCUAGACAAUGACACCGACCCCUGGGGUAUUCAAGUAGAGCGCGUUGAGAUCAAGGAUGUUCGUUUGCCUGUCCAGCUCCAGAGAGCCAUGGCUGCUGAGGCUGAAGCUUCCAGAGAGGCCAGGGCCAAGGUGAUAGCUGCUGAAGGAGAAAAGAAUGCUGCUCGUGCCCUGAAGGAAGCUGCAGAUACUAUGGCAGAAUCCCCAGCGGCCCUUCAGCUGAGGUACCUGCAGACUCUCAACACCAUCUCAGCAGAGAAGAACUCCACCAUCAUCUUUCCACUUCCUAUCGAUCUUCUCAAAGGCAUCAUGAAGUAGAAGAUCAUAAUGUUCACACAACCACUCAGAACCAUCGAUGGUAUUCUUAAUCAGAUACUACGGGAGAAAGUUCACUUCUGAAGGAGUUGAUUUUCAGUUUCCAGAACUGUUUUACUCAAAUCACUUUUCUAAUGAGGUAUACUAUUCAACAUAUUCCCAUAUUCUGAUCGUUUCAUGUAAUAUGCAUUUGUAACGUUUCAUACUGCCAUGGACCUGCUCCGAGUCGAGGGUAUUGGGCAAUCAGGAUCGUCGAUCCAGGGGCCGGGGUGGGUAAAAAGGUGGAUUUUUCGAUUUCGAUUUUUCGUCGUAUUUGCCGUCGGCGAAACACCGGAAUGUGCGAAUGAUCGACGAUUUUGGGGUGCAGUCUAAAUGCAGCUAUUGUAUAGUUGUGAUGGACCUACAUGCAAUAUUUAGUUUAAAAUCUGUAAUGAUUACUCGAGUCAUGAAAAUCGUAAAAUACUAAAAUAUCAAGUUUUAAAAAAAUAUUAUCACGUAAUCAAACGAAUCUUGCUCUGCAUGUUAACAUUUGAUAAUACCUGCCUAACGAUUGGUAAACUUUCGUUUGCUUAGUUAUUGAUGACGAGAUUUUUUUUUCAUGCAGAGGUUGUAUAAAAGACAUUGGUAAUAAUUAUAAAUUAUAAAUAGGCUGAAUGUACUUUUUUCUUCUUUGCCUCAUCAGAGGAUUUAUCAAUUAUAUAUACAUGGUUACAUUUAAAGAUACAAAACUACAAAACAAAUUGACGUAAUCACAAAAACAUCAUUAUUGUCAUAACAAAGAAUUGAAAUUAAGUUUUGCUUUGCAAAGCAAUUGAAUCAUCAUUAACAUAAAAAUUAUACUGAUAGCUUUGUUUCCCUCUCUUCUUUUUUUCUACUUAAAUUACACCUAAGAGUUUUUUGGUCAUAUUUAUGUUUGAUUUACUUUCCAAUCUUUUUAUAAUUUCCCUGUGGAAAAUUUGUUUAGAAACAGCUUUUCUCUUGUCUAUCCCAGUUAUAUUUCGAUUAACAAUCAAUUUAUAAAUGGUCAAAAUGAGAUUGUAAAGAAUAAAGUACAAUGACUUUCACAAUCUAUUUUGAGCAGGUGUUGGAUACUGAACGUGAGUAUCUGUACUUUGUAUAUAUCUCGUAAUAUUUCUUUCAGUUGUUUAAUGAAGGGCUCAAUUAUUACUUUGCAUUCGAUAAACGCGUGAUUUAUAUCCUCUUUUAUAUUACAUUUUGGGCAUACAUCAUCAUUGGAUAUUCCUCAUUUGAAAAGAUUACUUCUUACUGGCAAUAGAUUAUACAGUAAUUUCAAGUUAAACUCUCGUAAUUUGCUUUCCCUAAUUAAUUUUGUGCAAGAUUACGCUUGAAUACCGUAGACUAAUCAAUAUCUACAAUAAGUUUUUUUCUUCAACAAAGGCUGAAUGUACUUGAUUACAAUACUUCUCAUACAUUUCUGAAGUUAAUUAGUACACCGCAAAUGGGAGAGGAGCUCGCAAGAUACGUCACGGAGUUGCCAAUUUGUGUUUGAUUGAUCGCAUCUUUAAGUAUUCAGAAGUUUCUUAUUUUCAAUCGACCUUUCAAUGAUAUGUUUCUCUCAUUGUUAUGCUUCUAUUAAAACGAACUUAUUAUCAGGUUGAACAUCCCCUUUAAACGACCUUUACGGGUGGACCCCUAUGAAAAACAACCUCCGUACAGAUCAGGUUGUUCUAUUCCACCUGGUAACUAAAAAUGAUUGAAUAAAAAGCACAAUAGCAUUUACUUUGCUAAUUAAAAUUUCUUACACUAGGUCUAUGAUACAUUAUACCAUGGACCUACUACUAUUGUUACUUGUCACCUUCAGUGUAUAUAUUCUUCAUCCCGUUGUAUUGGACAAGGUUAAACCUCAAAGGGACCUUCCACGGUUUGUUUGGUUUAGUGUCAUGAAUAAUCAAUAAACUUGCAGGUAGCGCCCUCAAGUUACUUGGGUAUAUAGCGUAUCGUCAUUAUUUAUUGUAAAGCAAUUGCAUCGUGUAACAACUUAUUUAUGUGUGGUGAUUUUAAUAUGCAAACGAUAUUUUCUAUAUUUAAUGUAUUUUUCGAUCUCAUCAAACCCGAUUAAAAAAUAAUUGAUAAAUUAUUUGGCUCAUAGAUUAUUUAAAAGUAGAUUUAUCGUUCGUUUUUAUUCACUGUUAUUGGUUUUUAGAACAUUUCACAAUACUUCGUGUGCUAAUUAUACUUGUUUAGUGUGAUAUUAUAUGGCAUUUGUAAUUUGUAUAUAUUUUAAACUUUUACCUCAUCACACCGAUGAUGUUAUACGGUUAGAAGAGCGUUUACAUGUAAUUUUGCUUCUUUCAAAGUAAGGUUUGGUUACCGCAGAACUCGUUAAAUCAUGACAGGGUGCGUUACCUUUUAAUAAACUGAAAUUUUACUUAUCGGCUAUCAGUAUUGGCAGCCGAAAAUUACACUAUAUCAAAUGUUAUUGUAAAUAGAUAAUAUAUAUGUAAAUUAUAAGGGGCAUUUCUUUUCAUGGUAGGUUUAUUUACCCAUGUUCGAACGGACCAGAAUUUGGAAUUUUCCAUUGGAACAUCAAUCAUUUUAAAAAGAGCAAAUUCAAUUUAAAUAUGCUUUACAAACCAACACUAUCUUAUAAAGUGCAAUGUAUGUAUAAAUAAUCUAUUUACAGAAACUUCUUUUAAUUUUGUGAAAUUGGACAUUCGAUAGUCGUGACGGAGAAUGAUUAUGGCUCAUUUUCAAUUCUAUACAAUUGCUAAAAAUAUAUGUUUGCAAUUAUAUAUGAAAAUAUAAUCACAAUUGUAGUUCUA